GUUUCCCAUGUCUCCUGUUUGGGAGUCUCAACGAGAAAAGGCUUGGACACAGACUGGUGUAAACGACUGGAAACAUCUGUCCGACAAGGUAAAACGGCACAUUAGAUGUGGUAGCCAUGUAGAGAAUUGCUUGAAGCUGGCAUUUUUUGGCCAAACCAACAUUGCCGAUCAACUUAGUCAAGCGUACAGGGAAUCCAUUCUUCAACAUAAUCUUGAAGUUGAAAAAAAUCGGCAUAUUCUGUCAAGAAUUAUUGACUGCAUUAAGUUCUGUUGUGCUUUUGAACUAGCAUUAAGAGGACACGAUGAAACGUCUAGUUCAGACAACCCAGGUGUAUUCCUUGGUUUGGUAAACUUCACAGCAGCUCUUGAUUCUGUUUUGAGUCAACAUUUGGAGACAGCAAAUAUAUUUAGAGGUACUUCUAAAACCAUCCAGAAUGAAUUGCUUAAGAUCAUGUACAAAAUUAUGCAAAGUAAAAUCCAGAAAGAGAUAAAGGAAGCUGAUUUUGUGGCAGUGAUUGCAGAUGACACAACUGAUGUAUCAAAUCACUUACAGAAUGUUGUGGUGUUUAGAUACAUAACAUCUGGGAAGAUUGUUGAGAGGUUUUGGACAUUUUGUGACAUGCCACAGGGUGAUGCUGCAACUAUAUCAUCCAAUGUGCUAAGUUGCUUGGAUAACAUUCUACCUGGGACUCAUGAAAAACAGAAGCUUGUUGCACAAUGCUAUGAUGGUGCAUCAGUAAUGAGUGGCCAACAUAGAGGUGUUCAGAGCAUAGUAAAGGAUGCAUAUCCCAAUGCUCACUAUGUUCAUUGCUAUGCCCACCAACUCAACCUGGUACUACAACAGGCUGUUUCACAUAUCACUGGUGUAAGAGUAUUCUUUGCAAAUUUAAAUGCAUUUUCAGUUUUUUUCUCUCGCUCUCCAAAGAGAGUAUCAUGCCUGGAUGAAUGUGUGGCCAGAAGAAUUCCUCGCUCUGUGCAAACCAGAUGGAAUUUUCAAAGUAGAAUUGUCUCAACUGUGUUUGAGCACAAGGAUGAUCUGAUAAAGUGCUUUGAGAUGAUAAUAAACACAUGGAAAAGAGACCAAGUAAGUGUUCGUGAGGCAAGUGGCCUUCUUCAUUGGCUUCAGGACAGAAACUUUUUAAUUUAUCUGGAGUUCUUCCAGCAGUUGAUGCCACAUGUAGAUAUUCUCUAUGCUCAAUUGCAAAAACGCCAGAUCUCUGCAACAUUCAUUCAGACAUGCAUCCAGAAUUUUGUCAAAGCUAUCAACAAUGUGAGAGAUAAAGUUCCAGAUAUCUGUUCAAUGACCUCAUCUGCUGAGAGUGUGGAUCCUCUUCCAAAAAGGCCCAGAUUCCCCUACUCUGAUGAAGAAUUAUCUGUGACACUGAUAGAAGUCUCUGAUGUUAUAAUAUCACAUUGCUGCUCAAGAUUCAAAUUCACUGAACAUCUUACUGCUGCCACACUUUUUGAAAGUGGUUCAUUUUCUUAA